CUUGUUUCUGUUGUUGGGAUUCCGAGUUAAAGCCUAAGCGAAUGUUCGAAAAUCUCAGCAAAAGGAAUAGAGCAUAAGCUUUCAAGCAAUCAAAAUGACCAGAAAGUUAUCUCUCUUUCUUAGUAUAUGCUUCGGACAGCUUUGCACAGGCUUAAGUAGAUACUACGUUUCUUUUUUGCGUUGCAGUUUGCUAACUUAAUAAAGGAGCUACCAAAUAUGGGAAUUCUUCUACGACGCCCACAGCGACAAACAAAGUAGGAGAUUAUUGUGAAGGGCCCGCUCAAUGCUUCUGGGCAGGAGGAAUUGGUGGCACACUGACCUAUGAUCAAGUCUUCAGCACUACGGGUCCGACAGUUGUAUAUACCGUUGAGCGUGGCACAAACAAGACUAUUGGAUCCUCACUUUCGUAUCCGAACACCACAACACAAUAAACUAUAGCUUGCUAAGUAGCUAUGUUGGAGGAAUAAACUUUUUGAACACUCAGACUCUCAAUAAAAUCACGACAUCUUGGUGAGUAAUUUUCUUACCUCGAUUUACGUUUGUAGUACACUGUACAGCAAGAUAGUAUUGUUUUACAAUAGGAAUCCAACCUUACAAACAAUAGAGGUAGCUGCAGUUGAUUGUCGAGUCUACAAAUGGGCGAUUGAUGAAAAGGGACAGCCAUCUUGCAAGCUUUAUGCAACUGUCCCCACGGAAUUGUCAUCAAUACCCCCAUUGACACUUACAAGUACGCUUUCCUUCAACCACGAGCAUCCAAACCCGUUUAUGAACGACGCACUUGGUUAUGGAGAUGCAUACUUGUAUUCUAUAUUCUCAAAGGUUCUAGGUGUUCCUUCCUCUUGCGUUUAUAUUGGCGGUGGCGCUGGAGCCUUGAAAGUUGGUGUUUCUGUCCUUACAGGUACAUACAUGGCUUUCUUCUCAUCUGUCGCUUGCUAUUAUCACAAUCUCUUAAUGCAUAAAUAGCUACAUCGACUGUAUUAGCAGCAACACAGAUUGCAACACCUCCUUCUCCAAGCACAGUAGCUUCAGGAACCGUGGUUCCACAGCCAGGAGGCGUAGGCACAUCAAUUUACCCCCCUUCGACUACCCCACAAGCACCACAAUCGACAAACCCGUCUCAGGGAGGAUCUUUGCCAUCGAAUGAUCCCCCAAUGGGGCAGCCAGGUUCAAAUUCGGAGAAUAUCCCCUCGGCGUCGCCGCAGUCUGUGAGCAACCCCCCAGGUCAGCCAGCAUCGCAAACUCAAAAUGUCUCUCCAGAGCCAUCCACAGGGGCAACUCGACAACCACUGCCAAUUGCCGGGGCAAGCCCCGUGACAACAACUAUCAAAAUUGGAACUUCCACACCAACCGUGGUUGUUCUUCCAUCUGGUUCCGGGUAUAUUAUUGCAGGCGCAACAAUCAAGGCAGGGUCGCCAGCAAUCACGGUGGGCGGUGCCAUAAUUUCAGCUGAUUCCAGUGGUAUCAAAACCGUUGGAGUAGCCAAUCCAGAAGCGGCAAUAAUAGCCAGCAUCGUUGGCGCACAACCACUGCCGGAUGUACCUGGCCCUGCCAUAACACCUGCACCACAAGCGAUACCUGGAGGUAGCUUAGCAAUAGGAGGGCUGAUAUUGACACCAGGAGGAAGCAUUCUCAUUAAUGGUGUUUCGUAUUCUCUCAACCCUCAAGGAGCAGCACUUGUAGUAGGAGGUGCUUCGGAGAACACAAUUCCCAUUUCUCAAAUCGUUGCGAGCUCGAACAGAAACGCAAUUGUGAUUGCUGGACAAACCCUCAUUCCAGGAUCCAGUAUUGUUGCAAAUGGCCAAACAAUAUCUCUAGACUCUUCGAACGCCCUCAUCAUAGCAGGUCAAACGCUUAAACCAGGGUCAGUUCUCACCAUAAACAGCCAGACACUCUUCCUGAACUCAGCGGGAAAUUCCAUCAUAAUAGGAGAAAAUACUCUUCCAAUUUCCUCCUUUGUAACAAACACCAACAACGCUCUCCUCAUAGGCUCCCAGACUCUUCAGCCAGGUAGCAACAUUCUAGUAGGAAGCCAGACACUAUCUCUCCCUGCCCUUUCAACAGGACAAUAUAUAUCUCUUGGCUCCCUAGGAAAACUCAGUAUUCAGAAUUUGCAAAUUGGAAUAGUGAUCUCGGGACAAACCCUAACAUUAGGGGACAACAUCGUGGUAGGGGGACAAACCUUAUCUCUCGCUUCUGGAAGCUCUGGCGGGAUACCAGGGGUGGUGGUAGGUGGGUCUACGACGGUGAGCUUGUCGAGCACUGUUGUGCUUGGCAAAGGCGCUGCAGCCGCGGAGUUCGUUGGGGACGCGGGGAGGAAUGUUGAUGUUAGGGGGCUAUGGCUGUGGAUAAUAGGGGUUUGGACUGGGGUUUGGUUUGCUGUUUAA